AGGACAACUGCUACUACGGUAGUCUGCUACCCACACUGGAGACUUUAAUGUCCAGGACCUUGGUGCUACGAAAUGGGCUCUCCCGGAUGACAGCAGGUCUGCCAGAUGUCAUAGUUGAGAGGUCAGAAGAAACCGGAGAACCUGGAGGAAACCCAGGUGGACACAUUAUGGAAAACUGAGCUCAGGAUCAAACCGGGGACCCUGGAGCUGUGAGGCAGCAAGACUACCUCCACUCCUUGGAAUGGAGUUCAGUUUCAAAGAAAUUAUGAGACAUAUGGUAUAUAGCAUUGGGUGGAGGGGUGAUAUGUGUGUGUGUGAGAUUCCCCUAGACCUACCCACUUGUUCACACUUCUGAUAUCUGGACUUCUAACACUAUAUAAGUGGAAGCUUUGUGCAUAGCUGUCUCAGGACUAAACAAGCAGUUGAAAACACAGGAUGCUGCGUUUGCUAUGUCUCUCAGUGCUAAUGCUGGCCUUGCAACCAGUACUCUCCAUCUAUAACUGCUCCUCCCUUUACAACAGGGUGCCAAAUAACGAUGACCUGAAGGUGGAAUGUGGAGUCAGCGUCAUCAGUCUGGAGGUUAACUUGUGCACGGCACAGUGGGCGGGCUUCAACCCCGAUAGCCUGGCCCUGAAUGGCAUGCACAAUAAUAGCCAGUGCAAAGGCACUAUAGACACCAAUAUGGACCCUUAUGUCAUCCGGUAUCAACUCGCUGUCAAUGACAGUCAGGGCAACCUGUGCCGGCAGUCACUUCAGAUUGUAAACGAGAUUCCUAGUGCCUCGGGACCUUUCAGCCAGUUCUCCACCAUCCAGUCGGUCAUCAUCACCAGCUACAUUGACACCCCAACCUCCUCAGUGGGUGCUGUCAGCUAUUCCACUGACCUCUACUAUCAAUUCUCCUGCCGUUACCCACUGGAGUACCUCAUCAAUGACACCAAGAUAGUAGCAUCAUCAGUGUCAGUGGCCACCAAUGACAAAAAUGGAAGUUUUAUUGAUACUCUCAGCAUGAGCGUUUACAAUGAUUCUACCUUUUCCUAUCCAUUGGUGGUUCCACCUAGUGGACUAGAACUGCGCACCAAGAUCUACGUAGAGGUCAAGGCAGUUAAUCUUUCUGGGAACUUUAAUGUCCUCCUGGACCACUGCUUUGCUACUCCAUCUGCUUACAGCUCCAACAACAGUGAACAAUUUGACUUUUUCACUGUAUGUAACGCUGACUCUCGGACUUCUAUCUUGAGCAACGGGGUCUCCAAAACCAGCAGGUUCUCCUUUGAGGCUUUUCGUUUUGUGGAGCAUCGCAACCAAGACAAGUCCUCCAUUUUCCUUCACUGCAUACUGAGACUGUGUGAGCCUGACAAAUGUCUGAACAUUAUCAAUGGUUGCAGUGUCAGAAGAAAGAGAUCUGUGGAUGUGGAAUCUGGACAACCGACCAUGGCUACUGUGUCAAUGGGACCAAUUUAUACAGCCACCCAAACUACUGAGCCAACUGCUUCUGCUUAUGCAGGAGGCACUGGACUGUCGAAUAAAAGCCAGGACAACAUGGCUGGAGCGGUGAUCAGGGCGAUAUUUGCCUCUGCUGGUGCAUUGCUACUCGUUCAUGCUGAAGAAGGUUUUGUAGGAUGGUGAUCUACCUUAUAUUUUCAAAUAAAUGAGCAAGCAGCUGGUCUUCUGCUCUGGACUCAAGCAGCAAAAUUUGAUCCAACUGAUAAGACAGAUUAGUAUAUCAUUACACCUUAAUGAAGGAUGGAAGAUAAUAUGGAAUAUGUUAUAAAGUCCACACUAUUGAAGCAAAUAUUGUAAAUGCAUGAAGGAACUGCAAAUAAAUCAUUAAAGAUAUUUUAAUCUUGUGCUAAAAACUAUUUUCAAAUCUUCUCAAGGUGUAAGUACAACAUCUUGCGUUUUGGAUACCUCUGUGUAUUUAG